AUGGCAGAACAGAAGCAAGCACCCGAGACUGUCGCAAUUGUAGGGUCUGCAUGUAGAUUUCCAGGGGCGAGCUCGCCAUCGAAGCUCUGGGACUUGCUUCACGAACCGCGUGAUGUAUUGAAGGAAUUUGACUCUGAUCGUCUCAAUUUGAAACGAUUCUAUCAUGCAAAUGGCGACACACAUGGAUCAACAGACGUCCAGAAUAAGUCUUACCUACUGGAAGAAGAUCCGCGCUUAUUUGAUGCCUCCUUCUUUGGCAUCAGCCCUGUGGAAGCAGCUAGCAUGGAUCCACAGCAACGUCUGGUCUUAGAAACAGCUUACGAAGCUUUCGAGUCAGCUGGAGUAACUCUUGAUCAGCUCAAGGGGUCUUCGACUGCAGUGCAUGUGGGUGUCAUGACUGCUGACUACGCCAACAUCCAACUUCGCGACUCGGAAACGGUUGGAAAGUAUGCAGCAACUGGCAAUGCCAACAGCAUCAUUUCAAAUCGUAUUUCCUAUGUCUUCGAUCUCAAAGGCCCUUCGGACACAGUGGAUACAGCGUGCUCAAGCUCACUCGUUGCCUUGCAUAAUGCCGCCCAAGGAUUGUUGUGCGGUGACAGCGACGCAGCGAUUAUUGCAGGCGUCAACCUAAUUCUUGACCCAUCGCAAUACAUCACAGAGUCCAAACUCCACAUGCUAUCGCCUGACUCUAGGUCUCGAAUGUGGGAUAAGGAAGCAAAUGGCUAUGCACGCGGCGAAGGCGUUGCAGCAAUAUUUAUCAAGACCCUCAGCCGAGCCUUGGCGGAUGGUGACCAGAUCGAGGGGAUUCUUCGAAGCACCGGUGUUAAUUCAGAUGGCCAGAGUUCUGGUAUUACCAUGCCUUACGCUCCUGCACAGUCCGCUCUUAUUCGUCAGACUUAUCUCCGUGCUGGCCUCGAUCCAAUCCUUGAUCGGCCCCAAUUUUUUGAAUGCCACGGAACAGGCACUCAAGCUGGGGAUCCCGUAGAAGCUCGUGCUAUCAGUGAUUCCCUUGUGAGUAAUGUCGGAGAUGACCAGAAUCCUCUCCCUCUUUAUGUGGGAUCCAUCAAAACCGUUGUAGGACAUCUGGAAGGCUGUGCUGGUCUUGCUGGCGUACUGAAGGUGCUUCUUGCCAUCAAAAACCGUAUCAUACCACCGAACCUUCUAUUCAACGAGCUCAACCCGGCUAUUGCUCCGUAUUAUGGGCCUUUGCAGAUACCCACCAGAUCUUUGCCUUGGCCCGUGUUACCUGCUGGUGUUCCACGCCGAGCUAGUGUGAAUAGUUUUGGAUUCGGAGGAACGAACGCCCACGCGAUAAUUGAAAGCUAUGACAUCGAUGAGAUUUUGACGGAGAGCGAACAUGGAGAAUCCAGGGAAGGACCUUCAGGGCCUUUACUCUAUUCAGCCCAGUCUGGAAAUUCGUUGUUGAGGACUGUGCGUGAUCAUUUGGAGCACAUGAGACAAAAUCCAUCUCUCAAUCUCCAGGACCUGAGCUGGGUACUUCAGGUAAGGAGGUCCACACAUCGAUUUCGAACUCAUUUUUCUGGUCUGUCUCGGGAGUCUGUUAUGAUGAACAUGUCAAAGUUCAUCGACAGCCAUGCAAAACUUUCAAGUGCCGAUAUAGGGCACCAACCGCGUCUAGUGAACCUCAAUGAAAACCCCGCUAUCCUGGGAAUAUUCACCGGACAAGGGGCACAGUGGCCUGCUAUGGGAAAGGAAUUGAUGGAUAUGUCCCCACUUUUUCGUAGGACAAUUGAGAAGUGCGAGGCAGUCUUGAAUGCUCUCCCAAGAGAUCACGCACCAGCUUGGUCGCUGCAGACAGAGCUGCUAGCACAUGAUCAGACCUCCAGAUUAUCUGAAGCCGCCAUCUCUCAACCUUUGUGUACCGCCGUCCAGAUCGCCUUGAUAGAAUUGCUGGCAGCUUCAGGCAUCUCAUUCGAUGCUGUUGUGGGCCACUCUUCCGGCGAAAUUGCUGCUACCUAUGCCAGUGGGAUCAUCAACCUCAAAGGCGCAAUGCAAAUUGCAUACUACCGAGGUUUCUACGCUAACCUUGCAAUCGGUACCGGUGGCGAGCGAGGUGGAAUGCUAGCCGUAGGGAUGUCGCUGGAGGCAGCAGCCAAAUUAUGUCGCCAAGAAAGGUUUGAUGGCCGUCUGCACGUUGCUGCAAGCAACAGCCACCACAGUGUGACUCUCUCGGGAGACAUCGAUGCUAUCAAUGCCGCGAAGGAGAAACUCCAGGCGGAAGAGGUGUUUGCCCGUCCUCUAAAAGUGGAUACAGCGUAUCACUCUCAUCACAUGAAGCCUUGCGCUGAGCCGUAUCUUCAGUCGCUCCUUGCUUGCGAUAUCGAGGUCACCAGGCCACGCCCCGGGACAUGUAUCUGGAACUCAAGUGUACGUGGAAACACAGAGCUUCUUAAUGGAGAUCUUGAUUCCCUAAAAGGUCCAUACUGGGUGGCAAACAUGGUGAAUGCCGUCUUAUUCUCACAGGCAGUUGAGUCGUCCAUUUGGCAUGGUGGUCCAUUCGAUCUCGCUGUGGAAGUGGGCCCUCACCCAGCGCUGAAAGGGCCAGCAGAACAAACUUUCAAGGCGGCAUACGGCCAGGCUCCUGUCUACGUGGGAGUAUUGAAGCGUAACACUAGCGACGUGGAAGCUUUUACUUCGGCAAUAGGUGAAAUAUGGGCACAACUUGGUCCGAAAUCUGUUGACUUUGCCGGUGUUCACAAGGCAUUUAGCAUGUCUCAGCCAGCUGCUCGCAAAAUGCUCAAAGCUCUUCCUAAAUACUCUUGGGAUCACGACAAAGUAUAUUGGCGCGAGUCUCGGGUUUCACGAAGAUAUCGUACUGGAAAAGACUGUUUUCACGAGCUUUUAGGACGACGUACACCAGACGACAACGACCAUGAGCUGAGGUGGCGGAAUAUUCUUAAGCUGAGUGAACUGACUUGGCUCCGUGGACAUGAAGUGUUGCAACAGGUCUUGAUGCCGGGCGCUGGGUACAUCUCAAUUGCGGUGGAGGCCGGGAAACAACUCGCAGCCGAGAGUGGGAAGUCAAUACGCCUGCUUGAGGUUGAGAAUAUGGACAUUCUUCGGCCAGUAGUCGUACCAGACGACAACAACGGAGUCGAGACGCUGUUUACCUUGAGAAUAAUCAGUCCUAGAGCAGCUGAUCAUGUCGAUAUCGUGCGUGCACAGUUCUCGUACUAUGUUUGUAUCGAUGAGUCCAAGGGAUCGAUGUUUCGCACGUCGAAUGGCGAACUUGUCGUCCAUCUCGGUCUAGCUGCAAAGGAUGAAGACUCAUUGCCAGUCAGCGGCUUAGAAUAUACCGAUUCUCCUUCGGUUGAUAGCGAAAGUUACUACUCACGAUUCCAAGAUAUCGGGCUCAAUUACUCGGGCCCAUUCCGAAGCAUCACUGAAGUCAAUAGGUCUCUCAAAUAUGCGACAGCAACAGCCGUAUGGGCCCAGGGAUCGUUGAGCGAGCAAUAUGUCGUUCACCCAGCAAUGCUCGACGUUGCCUUCCAAACCAUGUUCAUGGCUCGUGCCCAUCCAGCCAGUCGACAAAUUGCAGCUGCAUUACUUCCUUCGCAUAUCGAUCGCGUUCGAGUGAACCCGGACUUCGAUACCAGCGCGAAAGCCACCAUGAAGUUUGAGACUUGGGUUGUGCAGAAAAGUGCUGCUUCAUUGACUGGAGAUCUGAAUGUCUUCCACCCCGAAUCUGGAAAGACCUUGGUACAAGUUGAAGGCCUUUUAUUGAAGCAGCGUGUCGCCCUCUACUAUAUGAAGAGGAUCCUCAACGAAUUCAAGGGCUGGGAUAAAGCACAAAUUCAAUGGUACCACCAACGGAUGUUCAAAGCUUUCGAAACCCAUAUGGAGGUAAUCCAAAGAGGAGAGCAUCCUAUCCUACCAAAGGAGUGGUUGGCAGACGAUGCGACAGCAUUGGAAGAACUGGAAAUUGCCCAUGGCGCUACAAUCGAAUUGGAGUUGAUUCAUGCCGUGGGCAAGAGUAUGGCGAGUGUCGUCCGAGGCGAACAGCAGCUACUGGAUGUUAUGUUGAAAGACGACAUGUUGAAUAACUUCUACAUGAACAGCCGUGCGUUUUCACCCAUCAACCAGGGUAUAGCCGAGGUGAUGCAAAAUAUCACUUUCAAGUACGCUCGAUGUAAGAUUCUGGAGAUCGGCGCUGGAACAGGAGGGACGACAUGGAGUAUCUUGAAUCAGAUCAACAACGCAUACGAAUCGUAUACAUACACUGAUAUUUCAGCUGGAUUCUUCCCGCAAGCAGCAACCAAGUUCGCAAACUUCGCCCACACAAUGAUCUUCAAGACUCUUGACAUUGAAAAGGAGCCCUCGGCACAAGGCUUUCCAGCACAUUCUUACGACGUUAUCGUUGUCGCCAAUGUUCUGCAUGCCACUCGCAACUUGCAAUCGACACUCCAGAAUGUUAGGAGGUUGCUUCGACCAGGCGGAUAUUUGGUGAUGAUGGAGACCACAGGAACACAAAGCGUCCGGGUAACACUCAUCUUUGGCGGCCUGCCCGGAUGGUGGAUGAGUGAGGAACCUGAUCGACAACUGACUCCUGCUGUGUCUGCCGUGGACUGGGAUGUACUUUUACAGGACAACGGAUUUUCUGGUGCUGACACCGUUAUACACGAUCUACCUGACGAGAGCAAACAUCUGAGUUCUUUGAUCGUCAGUCAAGCUGUUGACGAUGCCUUCAUGCGACUUCGUGAACCACUUUCAGUCCCAGAAGAAUCAACUCCUGUGAGCGAAAAAUUGCUCCUCAUUGGCGGAAAGAAGCUUUUGACGUCAAAAUUGCUCGCAGAAAUCCAGAAGGUGCUUCCAAGACAGUGGAAGAGUUGCAUCCAAAAAGUCAGCAGCAUUGAUGACAUCGAUCUUGCUGAAUGGACCACCGGAAUGAACGUUAUCUGCCUCCAUGAUAUCGACGAAAGCUUAUUCGCAAAUUUUCUGACAGUGAAACGCAUGGCGAACUUGCAAAGACUCUUGAUGAGUACGAAAAACUUGCUCUGGGUUACCACGGCUGGAAAGUGUCAUACUCCUCGAGGGAGCAUGUUUCUCGGUAUCGCACGGGUGGUGCCUUCUGAGCUCCCGCAUUUGAAUGUUCAAGUCCUCGGCUUGGAGUCUGGAGGAGCACCAGCGGCAGCAGCGAGGCACUGCAUCGAAGCACUCCUGAGGUUGAGAGAAAAAGGAGGCGAGCAGGUUGAUGAGGAGAAAAGAGUGCUGUGGUCGCACGAGCCUGAAAUCAACAUCCUCGCUGACGGCUCGGUUAUCAUUCCACGUGUACAGGCCGACACAACUAUCAAUAUGCAAUACAAUGCAUCAACGCGUUCAAUAAUAAACACAGUCAACGCGACCAGGAUUCCUGUCCAGGCUGUUGCGGGAGCUUCCAAGAUGAUGCUUCAAGCUGUGGAAUGUAUUGAUGAAUCUGGCAACUCGGAACCCUUUCCACGCAGUAGAAUACAAGUCCAAUAUUCUUUGCACGUCCCAAGCAGAAAUGGAAGAAGCAUGUACCUUGUGUGUGGAGUCAGCGGAGAAGGUGCAACAGAGUGUUGGUUUAUGGCACUUUCUCUUGAGAAUGCUUCGGUCCUCGAUGUGAACACUGAGGAUCUCGUUCCUAUCGACCGCUACGAUUGCACACCCGAGAAACUUGCCGAGACUGCCAGUCAUAUGUUUCUCAAAGCCAUUAUCAAAAUCUCAAAAGAUUUCAGCAAAGUACUCUGCUACGGAGCUGAGGAGUCAUUGGCAGCCAGCAUCGCAUCCAGACUUUCGCAAUCAGCAACUGAGAUCCAUUUCGCAUCUUCGAGUUCAAGCUCUCCUCAAUCGUGGAUCAGAAUACACGAGCAAUCAUCGAGACGAGCAACUCUCCUGAAGCUACCCUCAGACAUAAAUCUGUACAUCGAUUGUAAUGCGGGUUUGAGGUCUGCGGAAUCACAGGGAUCAGUUGCUGCGAGCCAGUUGCUUCGAGCUUGUCUGCCUACAAGUUGCGUGGCCUUUGAAUUCGACGCUGAACUUUUGCAAAUCGAUUUGGCCGAUUGCAAGAAGCAGAGUCCAGUGCUACUCAGAAAUUCAUAUCAGGACACCAAAAAUUUCUCUGGACAGGAACGGCUCGCUUGCGACGUGAUCGCAGCAAGUAAUCUUUCCGGCGUUGCCGUUUCCUCGCUUCUCCACAGACGCUAUGUGACUGAUUGGCGACAACGAGAAUCUCUCCCUUUGACUAUCAGGCCGAUGAACCUGGACAGCCUCUUCAAGCCAGACAAGACGUAUCUCAUGGUAGGAGCGGCUGGGGGUUUGGGUCUCUCCAUAUGCCGAUGGAUGAUAGCAAAUGGUGCAAAGUUCAUGGUUAUCACAAGUCGAAACCCGCAGCCCGAUGCGGCACUGCUCGAGGAUGCACGACGUGCUGGCGCGUUGAUUCGAGUUAUGAAAAUGGAUGUAGCGCAAAAGGGAUCGGUCGAUGCCGUUGUUCAAUCGGUAAGGAAUACCAUGCCUCCAAUUGUAGGCGUGUGUAACGCGGCAAUGGUCCUCGCCGACAAACUGUUCCUUGAUAUGACUGUCGAUCAGUUCAACGGUGCUCUCGCACCGAAGGUACUCGGUACUGAAAAUCUGGAUACCGUGUUCGCCAAGACACCGCUGGACUUCUUCAUCCUCCUUUCGUCUGCUGGAACAGUCAUUGGUAACGUCGGGCAAUCCAAUUAUCACGCGGCAAACAUUUUGAUGGGCAGCCUAGUAGCUCAGCGACGAGCACGAGGCUUAGCAGCGUCUCUGAUUCACGUCGGCUAUAUUGCCGACGUUGGCUACGUGACUCGUCAAGCACAUCAAACGCAGCUGCAAGAACAUUUCCGCAAUGUCCGCUUGAUGGCUCUUUCGGAGACGGAUGUGCAUCACGCCUUCGCUCAGGCCAUCAAAGGAGGGAAACCUGGCAGCUCUGUGGGGUCUCAUGAGAUUGUCAUGGGGAUUGAGCCUCCAACGGAGCCGCUGGUUACGGGGAGAGAGACACCAUGGCUCGUAAAUCCACAAUUCACGCAUUUCGUCCCCAACGCACAGCAAACAAAACAGAUUGACCGCGGUGGCAUGGCUAGCUCUGGCAACAUCAAGAGGCAAGUCAUCGAGGCACCAACCGAAGACGACGCGAUUGCUGUGGUUCUGGAGGCUUUUUGCAAGAAGCUAGAGUUUGUACUGCAACUACCAGCUGGGAGCGUGAAGGACAGUGCUCAGAGGGCUGUCAUCGACCUGGGUAUCGACUCCCUGGUUGCUGUUGAGAUAAGAACUUGGUUCAUCAAAGAACUGGGAGCUGAAGUGCCAGUGCUGAAAAUUCUGGGAGGAGAUACCGUGCUGCAGAUCUGUGUACUGGCAACGAAGAAAGUCAUGGCCGCCAACAUGAAAACUCCAGCUGUUGUUACGCCAAAUGAGAACCCAGUGCCGAAGGAUAACACUCCUGCUGCAGCUAGAAAGUCCCGCCUUUCGACCGGUGAUAUCAUUCCAGCUGAGACAAAAGAUACUGGAGCAAGUCCAUCACAAGAGUUUCGUCAGGAUUUCGUCAAGAAUGCUCUCGAUUCUGACAGCACAAGUGGUACCGACUCUGAAGAAAACUCUAUUGGUUCUAUUGUUACCAGCAGGAGCGCAGGAUCCAGUGUGACAGGGGACUCAAUUCCCAAAUUUGAGUUGGGCGAUAAGGAGGCGGAUUUGGGGCACUCUGAUGAAAUAGCUGCAGCUAUUUCGCCGAAAGAUAUGAGGGCAGCCGAGAAAGAGGCAGUCGUGGUGGAGACAAUCCAUGAGGGACCCAUGUCGGCAGCACAAGCCCGAAUCUGGUUUAUGUCCAAGCAUCAGGAGAGACCAACAGCCAACAAUAUGGUAUUCCAUUACCAUGUUAUCGGUCCUCUUAACAUGGCCAGACUGCGACAUGCAUUGACCGUCGCAACACAACGUCAUGAGAGUCUUCGCACUCGUUUCAAUCUACGUCUCGGCGACGGGCAACCUAUGCAGGGCGUUGUAGCAUCCUCAUUGUAUGUAGUACACCACAUCGCUUGUGCCGAUGAGAGCGAUUUGCGUGAUGAAAUAGCCCGAAUGAAGGCAGUCGAUUGGAACCUUGAAAAAGGACACACGUUCGAAGUGACUGUGCUUGGCCGAACUGCCGAAGAGCACGACAUCGUUUUUGGUUACCACCACAUCAUUAUGGAUGUGAUGGGCUGGUAUUGCUUUGUCCGCGAUCUGGAUAAAGCAUACCGAAUGCAUGCAUUGGACACGAACACAGCAGGCUCGCCAAUCGAGUAUGCCAGAGUGGAACUGGAACAGAAAACGAAAGGGAGCUCUGAACAGGUCCUCUUUUGGCAAAACGAGUUUGCAACUCUGCCCGAGCCGCAAAAACGUUUGCCUUUUGCUAGACUGGGCACGUCGACGGAGCAAGGUACUUAUGAUGAGUACCGGGAGCUUGAUCAGCCCCAACUUCACGCGAUCAAGCGGAUAUGUCAAAAUCUUCGAAUCAGCUUAUUCCACUUUCACCUCGCAGUGUUUCAGGUCUUGCUAGCUCGGUACGAGAGCACUGAAGAUGUUUGCAUUGGUGUCAUUGAUGCGAAUCGAAAUGAUCCCUCGUACGCACAAACGGUUGGCUGUUUCGUCAACGUCCUUCCGAUUCGGUCCCAGAUAUCAAGAGAUGCCAGCUUUUCUGAAAUAGCGAAAGCUGCCUCACAGAAAGCAUUGAAGGUCUUUGCUAAUACGCUUCCAUUCGAUAUGAUUCUUGAUAAGGUCAAAGCUCGCAGAUCAGCAGACACCACGCCUCUUUUCCAAGCUGCCAUAAACUAUAGGACUGGUGCAGUAUGGGACUUGCCUCUAGGCGAGUGUAAGAUGAAACUAUCGCUGACCGACGGCAAAGAUGCCGAUACUCCAUACGACAUCAGUCUGGGUAUCUCCGAGACAGGUUCGGGGUGCGUCAUCGAAAUGCACUGCCUAAAAUCCAAGUACACGACCGAAGGGUGCUUGAUUUUACUCGACUCGUACCACCGCUUGCUGAGCGGUAUUAUAGCCGACGAGAAUGUAGUUCUCAGAGAUUUGGCAGUUGCCGAUGAUGCCCAAGUCUCGAGAGCGCUGGAGCUUGGAAGGGGUCCAGAGGUGGACUUUAGGUGGCCAGCGACCUUGUCCCAGCGGUUUUCAGACAUAUGUCGUUUGCAUGCUAGAGAGAAUGCCAUCACAGACCAGGCAGGAACAAUCUCUUACUCUCAUCUGGCUGCACGAGUCAAUGUGGUUGCAGACACGGUUCUGAGAAUAGGGUGCAGUGCACGAACCCGUGUCGCUGUUUUGUGUGAGCCAUCUUUGGAUGCCAUUGUCGCAAUGCUGGCCAUUUUACACAUUGGAGCGGUUUAUGUUCCUUUGGACACAAGCUUGCCCACGGCCCGGCAUGUUGCUAUAGUGCAAAGCUGCAAACCGGCAUUGCUUCUCUCGCACCGGGCUACGGAGGGUCAAGUCGAGGACUUACUCCAUGAAAUGGAAACGCCGGCAGGAGAAGCAGGCAUGGAGUCCAUUGCAGUCUCAGAAGAAACGGAGUGCCAUCGGACAGUCGCUUGCUCGGCUACACCGGACGCAUGUGCUAUCUUGUUGUUCACAAGUGGUUCAACCGGUACGCCUAAAGGCAUCCUUCUCUCGCAGGCCAAUUUUGUCAACCAUAUUGCUCUCAAAACAGAAGCCCUUGGCCUCAAACAGGAAUGUGUCCUCCAGCAGAGCUCACUAGGCUUUGACAUGUCCCUAAUACAGAUAUUUUGUGCGCUGGCGAAUGGCGGUAGACUGGUGAUAGCACCAUCAACGAUGAGAAAAGACCCCGUGGAAAUGGCAGGUCUAGUAAACCGCAGUGGCAUCUCUCUUACUAUUGCCACACCCUCGGAAUAUCUUGCUUGGAUGAGAUACGGAAUGGAGGCGCUGAGAAAGAAUAUGGCGUGGAGACAUGCGUGUAUGGGUGGCGAGCAAGUUUCUCGACAGCUCAAGAUCGAUUUCCGUCGUCUUGGUCUCGUGGGCUUACAAUUGACAAACUGCUAUGGGCCCACAGAGAUUACCGCUGCAGCAACAUUCCAACCUCUCGUAAUCGGAAGAGACGAUGGUGAUGAUGAUGACGAUUUGAUGUGGUCAGUCGGCAAGGCCAUACCAAAUUAUUCGGUGUGCAUUCUUGAUGACGCGGGCCGGCCACAACCUUUGGAGCACACCGGUGAGAUUUGCAUAGGAGGAAGGGGAGUCGCAGCAGGCUACCUAAACUUGCCAGACCAAACGGCGCUCAAGUUUAUUACCAACAUGAGCGGUAGCACGAAAGAACAGCGAAUUUCCGAACAACGAAUCUAUCGAACUGGCGACUGUGGAAGACUCUUGCCAGAUGGGACUUUGCUCUGUUUUGGCCGUUUAGAUGGCGAUACACAGAUCAAGCUCCGCGGUCUGCGCAUUGACCUUCAGGAAGUCGAAUCAGCGCUUAUGCUGGCUGCGGAUGGUCUUUUCAAAUCCACAGUUGUGUGCGUUAAGAAAGACGUGCUCAUCGCCUAUGCCACAUUGUCCACAAGCACAGCAGAAAUCACAGAAGAGAAUCUGAGAGGCGUCCUGGCACGUCUGAAGUUGCCCCAGGCUUUCUGUCCAGCCACCAUCGUGAUCCUUCCCACGUUUCCCACCACGAGUAACGGCAAGCUAGAUCGUAAGAAGAUCGGUGCACUACCCCUCCAACUAAAUCACGGUGGCCCAGCAAUGACCUGCUCCUCGCUGGAGAAAAUGACAGUUCGAGAAGGCGAGCUGCGCUUGUUGUGGGAACGCGUUCUCGGUCAAGCAACGACCGCAGCUCGCAUUGUCCCAUCUUCGGACUUCUUCUUAUGCGGUGGAAACUCGCUGUUGCUUAUGAAGCUUCAGGCUGCUAUCAAAGAAUCCAUGGAGGUUGCAAUCUCAACGAAAGUCCUUUACCAGACCAGUACCCUGCGGGAGAUGGCAAAGUGCAUUGAAGUGCAGCGGCACGAACUCGGCGCGCGUAUUGAACAGUUCAUCGACUGGCCGACGGAGACCGCAAUACCUUCGUGGCUGCUAGAAGAUAUUUCGAACCUGGCCUCCUCGACGACGAUAUUGUCAAGAAAGAAAGAUGGAAUCGAAGUUUUGCUAACUGGGGCGACAAGUUUUCUUGGAAGCCGUCUUUUGCGCGCUUUUGUUCGAUCGGCUGUGGUACGCAAAGUGCAUUGUGUUGCUGUGCUAGGCGACGAUCAACAUCUCCUGUGUCAAGAUGAAAAAGUUCACAGCUACACAGGAAGCUUGCUUUCAUCAACACUUGGUUUAAGCAUAAGCGAGAAGAAGAAUCUGGAGCAGACAAUUGACGUGGUAAUUCAUGCUGGAUCGAACGGUCACUGCCUCAACACAUACCAGUCGCUACGAGCGGCCAAUUUGCUCUCCACCCACUUCAUUGUCUCACUUGCGUUGCCCCGGUCUAUCCCAAUUCUGUUCUUAUCAUCCAACCGCGUUGCCCUACUGUCUGGAAACAAUGCACCAAUCCCAGGUUCUGUUGCUUCUUUCGCACCAUCCACCGAUGGCAGAGAAGGUUACACAGCGACAAAGUGGGCAAGUGAGGUCUUCCUCGAGAGAAUUGUGACCCAACUGCAGACUACAGUCAAGCACAGACUUCAACCUGCAUUGGCAGUGUCAAUUCACCGGCCAUGCGUCAUUGUGAGCGAGGAUGCUCCCAAUUCAGACGCACUGAAUGAAAUUCUGCGGUAUUCGGUCCUGAUGAGAUGCAUUCCUCGUAUGAAGAGGGCCGAAGGUUACUUGGACUUCGGACAGGUAGACACGGUUGUUGAUGAGAUUGUUGGCACCGGCUUGCAGCUUGCUCUGGGGCAACAUGAAGACCGAGACAUGGGUGCUUCGAUUCAUUUCAGACACCAUUCAGGAAAGGUCAAGACUCCGAUAAGUCAGUUUCAGAGGCACAUGGAAAAUGUAUAUGGAGGACAAUUUGAGGCAGUGGACGUGACGGAGUGGAUGGAUCGGGCGACUCAGGCUGGGCUCGAUCCGUUGAUCGCAGCUUACUUGGAGGGUGUGGUUGAUAGUGACGGUCCGUUGGUGUUCCCAUACAUGGGAGAAGAGUGA